AUGGCGAUUUUGGAAGCCACCCCAUUGAAAUGGAAGCAAAGCACUCUAUUAGGCACUUCUCGUCCUCCAUCAAAACCAUUGAGCUAUCAACUUUGCUUUGCUUCUAGUCCUUGUUUCAAGAACCCUAAGCCACCUCUAUGUUAUUCCCUGCCGACCGAGAAAAAGAGCCACUACUUCACCGCCUGCUCCAAAUCAGAUCAUCCCUCUCUGUCUCAGUGGUUCAAUGUUUUCAAAGAUAAUGGGGCAGCGGCAGCAAGCCGUAAUAGCACAACUCCCCUAAUUAGUAAUUUAUUGGAAAAGUCUGUCCAGGCUUUGAGGAAACCGGCAACAGCUGCCGUGCUGAUAGGUCUUUUAGUCUUGUACAACCCCAACUCAGCAGCCCUGGCUGCUCCGGUGGAUCGGGUUGGUGGAAGGCUGACAUCCAGAACUACGACCUCGUACUAUCCAUCUGAAGAGUCAUCGACCACUUCAGGUGACGUGGAUUCGCCGAUUCCGGUGACGGCAUGUCUCAACGGUGGAACGGACUAUGACAACCGCACUCUCCACCUCUCAGAGGUUCCUCGUGUGUCGUCGAUGGAGUUCCAGCCAUCACAGACGAGAUCGCCGAGAGAUAGGUACUGCGGCUAUGUUAAUUUGUCAAACACGAGGCGAGCGGUGCAAAUGGAUCUUAAUGAGAUCGCUGAAACUGCAGAUCCAUCUACGCAGCAGGGUUUGAUAUAUGUUCUGAGAGAUACAGCAGCAGCUCUACUUCGGCAACCUGAUUAUUGCAUUUCCGGUUACUCAUGUAUUACAAUUUUACUUGCUGCUCACGGCCAUAUGUCGUUCACUCGCGCUAUCACUGACACCAGGGAGUAG